AUGUUUUUGGAGCGCAUCAGCAGCAACGGGGCGACUAGCAGCAGCACCAGCGGCAGCGGGGGCGGCGCCGAUGCAGGCGGGGGCCCCGCCGGACACGCGCGCUCGACGCGCCACGAGCGCCACCUCACGCGCCGCCAAGACGUGCGCUCCGGCCGGCGCGGCGGCGGCGGCCUGGGGGGGUUCCCGGGGCAGCCCGGCCUGCACUCGGACGAGGAGGAGGAGUUUGAGGCGGGCCUCGCGGCCGGCGCGUGGGAUGGCACGGCGGCCGGCCUGCCGCGCCGCGGCGCCGGCGGCGGCAGGCAGCGCCACGCGCCGACGCCGGCGCCGCCCUCGUCCCAGGACGCGUUCCUGGACGCCUUCAUAAACCGCCUGCUGUCGCCGCAGCACGAGUGGCUGCACCGCCCGCCGGGCGCGGCGGGCCUCGCGCCCCCGCCGCCAGAGACGCGGGAGGGCGACGACGCGCUGACCCCGGCGGCGCUCGAGGCGGUCCCGUCGAUGGACGUGGGCGCGGGCGCGCUGCUGUUCGCGGACUUGGCACGCGCCGGGAAGCUGCGCGCCGCGCUGCAGCUGCUGGAGGCCGCGCUCAGCGCGGGGCGGGACGACCUGGUCUGCUGCCGCCCGGCGCCGCGGACGCGCGCACGUACAACCUCGCGCUGCAUGCGUGCGCGGCGCGCGGGGACGUGGACGCCGCGGCCAGCGUCGCGGCGAUGA